AUGACAUCCCCAAGUGCCGAAGCCAAUCUGGGGCAAAACUCCACUUCUGUAGAUGCAGACGCCGAACGGGCAUACCGUAGAAAAGUGGACCUGUGGGUGUUGCCCAUGCUGUGCCUGAGUAACUUGGCAAAUGCCAAAACCGACGGUCUCGACGACGACUUACAUUUUCAGGGGAAUGAUUACUCGUUACUGAUUCUUCUGUUCUAUAUUCCAUUCGGUCUAUUUGACCUGCCAUGGAACCUGCUGAUCAAGCGCUAUUCUGGUCGAAUUAUGCUCUCAUCUAUGUCCGUUGUUUGGGGUAUUCUUGCACUGUGCCAGUGUGCCGCUAAAGACUUCGGUUCUUUACUUGCCAUCCGUAUCCUCCUCGGCAUCUUUGAAGCGGGUUUCUUUGCUGGAGCGACCUUUUACCUGACCCUUUUCUACACUCGCGGGGAAAUGGGUUUUCGCUUGGCCAUUGUACAGUCAUUCGCUGUUCUGGCUUCCGCAUUUAGUGGACUGAUUUCCUUCGGGGUAUUCCAAAUUGAGAGCGCUUCUGUGAAGGGGUGGCAGUACCUAUUUAUCAUCGAGGGUGGAAUGACCUUGAUCAUUGGGGUCUUGGGGUUUCUGGUGCUGCCAGAUAACCCACAGCACGCCUGGUUCCUGAAUGGUAGGCAGAGAGAGGCAGCAACAGCUCGACUCCUUCGAGACUCUUCAUCAGAGGUCGCGACCAAUUUCAAUCUUAAAGAUUGCUUUCAGUCCUGGGGCGACUGGCAGUUCCCCAUUUGGUGCAUCAUAUCGUUCACCUAUCCAGUCGCUUACGCAACGGCAAUGAACUUCUUCCCUCUAAUUGUGCAACGUCUUGGGUACUCUGUUGUCAAGACCAAUUUGUGGACGGUGGCCCCAAAUCUCGUCGGGGCAGUGGUGUUGCUCGGCGUCGCCAAAUCAUCGGACUAUUUCCGCGAGAGAACCUUUCACAUUGUAUUCUCUCUCACCCUCUCCCUUGUGGGGAUGGUUAUUCUAGUGGCAAUUGAUGUUCUUCACCAUCAGGGAGUGGCCUAUUUCGCUUGUUUUCUCAUGGCAUCUGGCGCAUAUAUCCUAUCAUGCCUUGUUCAUGCCUGGCAUAAUAACAACAACGUCCAUGAAAACUCCCGCGCGGCGAAUACGGGGUUUCUGGUGGGUUUGGGGAAUCUUGCCGGUGUCGUGAGUGCCGCUACGUUUCGGACUGCAUACGCCCCCAAAUAUCUUCCUACACUGAUUGCGACUUGUUGUUGUAAUGCUGUCUGCAUCAUCUUCGUGACGGGAUUAGGGGUAUGGAUGCGGUUCGAGAAUCGUCGUCGCGAUCAGAAACAAGGAUUCAGACUAGGUGAAAAUGGAGUGGAUACGAGUCACGAGAUCGGUCAUCCUUCCGAAGGUGCACUUUUUAUCCAGUUCCAAGUUCCAACUGAACUCCCACCCAUUCGAGUGCGCAAUUACUUCAGAUCCAUUUGCAACGCGAUGAAGACUCACGCUUGUAAAUAUCCCGGUUGCGAGAAAAGCUUCACUCGCGCCGAGCAUCUACGUCGGCAUGCACUCAAUCAUGAACAGCCAAGGAAGGGCUUUACCUCCCGACACAUGCUGCGUCAUGACAAACGAGAUGAAGAAGCCGGUGGUCCAGGGUUAGGCGUCUUGAACACACGCAAGAGGACUCGCAGAGCUCGUGAUGGCACCAUCAUAGUGCGCCCUUCGCAGCGAGAGAUGCGGUCGAGAGGGCGAUCAACAACUGCUUCCUUGUCGUCGGGUCAAGAUCUAGUAGCCGAAGAAGAGGAAGAGCCGAUGGACGAGGCCCCCUUAUCACCGCCGAUUUCUGGCUCAGACCCAACCUCUCUACCCAUUGUCGAGACGGAUGCAUUCUUAGCGCCGAUGAUGCCAGGCGGUCCCUUUGAACCAUAUGCUGAACCUAUUCCAGGGCAGUUUGAUGCAGCCGACGGGUCAUUCAAUCUCGGGUUGGGCGGCAUGGGCGAUUUCCUCAGCAUGGACACAGCCACCGACUUCAAUCUGCCGUUUGCAGCGACCUGCAACUAUAAUUGGUUAUUCGAUGUCGCCUCUCUGGAUGAUGCCUUUCAUCAAUUCGACUUCCCGCUCGGCUUCGAUACAGAGCCGUUCCCUGGGGCGCUUAAUCCGGACUACAAUCCGCCAGUGGAUAAGUACGAUGGCCCAUCAGCCUUGUUAGAGGUAGCAUCUAUGAUGAACAAGGGACAGACGCCACAGUCUACCCUGUCACCGAUCAUGCCUGACAUCCUGGAGGCAGACUGGAUGUCUGGGACCUCUUUUCUCGGGCCCAGUCCGCCGCCACACUUACCACGGCUGUCCGAGAAUUGCCGGCGAGGCAUCCUAUCCCUGGUGAUGCAGGUAUCCCCAGUAGGUAUCGACGGUCGGCCAAGAACGCUGGAUUCGCCUCUGCUUACCCUAGGGGCUUUACAAAGCUACUGCGAUCUCUUCUUUACGCGCUUCAAUGUUACAUAUCCCCUGGUCCAUCAGGCAACCUUCAACCCAGAAACCAUUGACCCAAUUUUUCUGGCGGCGGUUCUGUUCAUGGGAGCGACCUAUAGCACGCGUGAGGCUCAUCAACUCGCCGUGGGGAUCCACGACAAACUUCGAAACCAACUGUUAUGCCAUGACGAGUUCUCACCACAGCCGGAGUUUUGGGUCUUGCAAACAAUGCUGCUGAUUGACUGCUUUGGAAAGAUGAGGGCCGGUCCCAAGCAGCGUGAACGCGCUCAGCUAUUCCACUGUGUCCUGAUUAAGCUCAUUCGCCGUAGUAACUGUUGCAGUAUACAAGAUUUGCCUCAGCUAGCACGAUCGGAGGAUAUCGAUCAGGCAUGGCGGCAGGCUAUGGAUGCAGAACAGCGGAAAAGGCUGGCAAUGCUUUGCUUUAUGUGGGACACGCAGCAUGCAGUCCUCUUCUCCCAAUCCCUCUGCAUGUCUGCAUUUGAGAUCCGGUCGUGUUUGCCAUGUAGCGCUGCCAUCUGGGAAGCAUCGUCCGCUCGAGAGUGGGCGCACCUCGCUGCCCGUGAAACAAACAGACCGUUCCUCACUGUUCUGAAAGGCUAUAUCACCCCAGGAUCUGUCUCUCGACCCCGAGAUCUGAAUGUCUUUGCUCGCACCGUCAUCCUACAUGGCUUGAUGUCUGUAUCGGCCGAUCUCAAGCGACGAGAUCAAACUACACUACGGUCGGAGACACCGGAGCGGGUGGGAGCUUGGACUCCACGAAUGAGCCGGUCGUACGUUCUAUGGAAAGUGGACUUUGAUGCAGACUGCCUCGCUAUGAAACUGGCCCAGACAGCAGAUCCACGUCGUUUCACUGGAUUGAAAAUGGCAGCCCAUGCUCUCUAUCAUGCCUCCUGCCUGGCAUUAAGUGUGGAGAUCCUCGACUUGCAGAUUGUUGUGGGAGCAGUGCAAAUUCUAGGACGAACAGUCACUCCAGCUGAUCAGUCAAGAUCACAGCAGAAUAUUGUUCGUUGGCUGCACGAGGACUCCGGAGCAUCGACUGCUGUGGCACGGCAUGCAUCCCAUCUCCUGCAGGAUGCGGUGUUGAGUCUUCAUGAUUGGGACCAGACAGAUGCCUUUCAUUUCCCCUGGUGCCUCUACUUGGCUACGUUGGCCUGUUGGGUCUUUCACCAGGGCAUGGAUCCUGCGUCCUCCGAACCGCGAAUGAAUACAGAUCUGUCUUCACUUAUUGUCAUGAUGACCAACUGCCCCAGCACUACGGAGCUGGCAGCACUGUCCGGAAAGUACGAUCCCAAACCGUUAGUAGCCGCGAUGGCACAGCAACUGGCGACUGUCCGAUGGGCGGUUGUUCAUGAUGCAAUGAAAGUACUAGUAGCCUUGUCUUAA